CCUGGCACCGCGCAGCCCCGAGCGCCACUGCCCCAGCGCCGAGCCAUGGGGAACGUGCAGGCGGCCGUCUCCCACCGCCACAUGCCGGGCCACGGCCUGUGCUCUCGGCAGCGGGCCUCCACCUCGGAGGAGAGUGACCCCCCCAGCAACGGCAGCUGUCCGGCCGACCCCCCCGCCGAGCCUCCCAAGUACCCCCGGAUCAAGAACUGGCAGACGGGCUCCAUCCUGUACGACACGCUCAGUGCCCACGCGUCCCAGGACAUGCCGUGCAGCGGGGGGCGCUGCAUGGGCUCGCUCAUGCUCCCGAAGCAGCUCUUUGCUGCCCCCGAGGGCCCCCGCCCCAAGGACGCGCUGCUCCGCCUGGCCCACAACUUCAUCGACCUCUACUAUGGCACCAUGAAACGCUCAGACUCCCAGGCCCACGUGCAGCGCCUCCGCGAGGUGGAGGAGCAGAUCGCCGCGACCGGCACCUACCAGCUGCUGGAGGCCGAGCUGAUCUUCGGAGCCAAGCACGCCUGGCGCAAUGCGGCCCGCUGCCUGGGCCGCAUCCAGUGGAACAAGCUGCAGGUGUUUGACGCUCGCGACUGCACGAGCGCGCAGGAGAUGUUCACGUUCGUGUGCACGCACAUCCAUUACGCGACCAACCGAGGCAACCUCCGGUCCGCCAUCACCAUCUUCCCAAAGCGGGUCGCGGGCCGUGGCGACUUCCGCAUCUGGAACCAGCAGCUGAUCCGCUACGCCGGAUACAAGCAGCCGGAUGGCUCCGUCCUGGGCGACCCGGCCAGCGUGGAGCUCACGGAGCUCUGCAUCCAGUACGGCUGGCAGCCGCCUCGCGGGCGCUUCGACGUGCUGCCGCUGCUGCUGCAAGCGCCGGACGAGGACCCGGAGCUCUUCCCGCUGCCCCCGGAGCUGGUCCUGGAGGUGCCCAUCACCCACCCCACGCUGAAGUGCUUCGAGGAGCUGCAGCUGCGCUGGUACGCGCUCCCCGCCGUGGCCAACCUCCUGCUCGAGAUCGGGGGGCUGGAGUUCCCGGCCGCCCCCUUCAGCGGCUGGUACGUGGGGUGCGAGAUCGGCAUGAGGAACUUCUGCGACACGCAGCGCUACAACUUGCUGCAGGAGGUGGCCGAGCGGAUGGGGCUGGACACGCAGGCCACCUCGUCCCUCUGGAAGGACCGGGUGGCCGUGGAGAUCAACGUGGCGGUCCUGCACAGCUUCCAGCUCGCCAAGGUGACCAUCGUCGACCACCACGCCGUGUCCGAGUCCUUCAUGAAGCACCUGGAGAACGAGCAGCGGAUGCGUGGGGGGUGCCCGGCCGACUGGGUCUGGCUGGUGCCCCCCAUCUCGGGCAGCCUCUCGCCCACCUUCCAUCAGGAGUUCGUAAACUACCAGCUCUCCCCCUGCUUCCGGUACCAGAGUGACCCGUGGAAGACGUACAUCCCCAAAGGGACCACCAUCACCCGAAAGAAGACCUUCAAGGAGAUUGCCAACGCCGUCAAGAUUUCAGCCAAGCUGAUGGGCCACGUGAUGUCCCGCCGUGUCAAGGCCACGAUCCUGUACGCCUCAGAGACGGGGAAGUCCCGGGGCUAUGCGCUGAACUUGCACCAGCUGCUGAAGUGCGCCUUUGCGCCCAAGGUGCUCUGCAUGGACGAAUACGACGUGGUCUCCCUGGAGCACGAGACGCUGGUGCUGGUGGUGACGAGCACGUUUGGCAACGGAGACCCCCCCGAGAACGGAGAGAACUUUGCCAAGGCCCUGAUGGAGAUGUCGUGUCCUUAUCUAGGAGCCGCCGAGCCAGAACUUCAGAAGAGCUACAAGAUGCGCUUCAACAGCGUCUCGCAGUCUGACCCGAUCGUUGCGUGGCGGAAGAAGCGCCGGGAGUCCAGCAACACCGACAGCGCGGGAGCCCUGGGGACACUCCGGUUCUCCGUGUUCGGGCUGGGCUCGCGCGCCUACCCGCACUUCUGCGCCUUCGCGCACGCCGUGGACACGCGCCUGGAGGAGCUGGGCGGCGAGCGCAUCCUCCCCAUGGGCGAGGGCGACGAGCUGUGCGGCCAGGAGGAGUCGUUCCGCACCUGGGCCAGGGACGUCUUCAAGGCCGCUUGCGAGACCUUCUGCGUGGAGUCGCCACUGGAGGGAGCGGCCGCCGACGUGUUCACCAGCCGCUGCAGCUGGAAGCGCAGCCGCCACCGCCUGUCCGUCCACCCCAGCACGUUCGACCUGCUGGCAGGUCUGACCCACGUGCACAAGCGGAAGGUGGUGCCCUGUCACAUUCUCUCCGUCAAGAACCUGCAGAGCCCGGAAUCCAGCCGCUCCACCAUCCUGGUCAAGCUGCAGACGGGCGACCAGCCGGAGCUGCAGUACCAGCCGGGCGACCACGUGAGCAUCUUCCCCGCCAACCGGCCGGAGCUGGUGGAAGGGCUGCUGGAGCGCGUGGAGGACCCGCCCCCCGCCGAGGAGGCCGUCGCCGUGGAGGUCCUGGAGGCCGGCACGGAGGGCGUGAGGCGCCUGUGGGUCCCCAGCGCCCGCCUGCCACCCUGCACGCUGCGCCAGGCGCUCACCUUCCUCCUGGACGUCGCUGCGCCCCCCAGCCCGCAGCUGCUGCAGCUCCUGGCCGCCCUGGCCGAGGACGCCGCCGAGGAGGAGAAGCUGCGCCGGCUCAGCCAGGACUCCCUGCUCUACGAGGAGUGGAAGUGGUUCCGCUGCCCGACGCUGCUGGAGGUGCUGGAGGAGUUCCCCUCGGUGGCGCUGCCGGCCUCGCUGCUCCUCACCCAGCUGCCCCUGCUCCAGCCGCGCCAGUACUCCAUCAGCUCCUCGCCGGACGCCCACCCGGGGCAGAUGCACCUCACGGUGGCCGUGCUCACCUACCGCAGCCAGGACGGAGAGGGCCCGCCCCGCCACGGCGUCUGCUCCACGUGGCUGUCCCAGCUGGCCCCGGGAGAAAUGGUGCCAGCCUUCGUCCGCAGCGCCCCGAACUUCCAGCUGCCGCAGGACCCCAUGGCCCCCUGCAUAUUGGUGGGGCCCGGCACCGGGAUCGCCCCCUUCCGGAGCUUCUGGCAGCAGCGUGUGCACGAUGCCGAGGUCAAAGGCCUCCCGCACGGCGAGAUGACGCUGGUCUUCGGCUGCCGCAGCUCCCGCCACGACCACAUCUAUGAGGAGGAGAUCCGGGAGGCCGAGGGGAAAGGGGCCCUGAGCCGGACCCUCACCGGCUUCUCCCGCGACCCAGACCACGCCAAGACCUACGUGCAGGACCUGCUGCGCAUGCAGCUCCCCGGCUACGUCUUCGAGGCCCUGUGCCGGCGGGACGGCCACAUGUACGUCUGCGGGGACGUCACCAUGGCGACGGAGGUCCUGCAGACCGUGCAGCAGAUCCUGGCCAAGGAGGGCGGCAUGACGCUGGCAGAGGCCGGGGACCGGAUCAGCGAGCUGCGGGACCAGAACCGCUACCACGAGGACAUCUUCGGCCUGACGUUCCGCGCGCGGGAGGUGGCAUCACGCAUCCGCAGCCAGUCCUUCUCCAAGCAGAGGCAGAGCCAGCUCGGCCUGGACUCCUGAGCCGCCCCUCGCAGGCACCGCCAUUAAAGCCGUCUUCCCCUCGCAA